AAAAAAAAUCAAGUAGAAUGGACAAGCAAGGACGUCUCUCUCGCCAGCUCGCUUUUCUCUCUCUCUCAUCUCUUGCCUGGCGUGUCGUUCGCUGCAGACAGGCAGAACAGAUAGGAUGGAUCGGCAGGAUCAGGCGGCCGAGUACCUCGAAGAGCAUGGCGUGCUUGAUCUCUUCAACAACAUGACAGCUCAGCUGGUGUAUAAUCAACCGGCUGACCCCAAGGCAUUCCUGUCGCAGUAUUUGGAUACGCUGAUCGAACGUCGGAAUGGCAAGGAGGUGGAAGCCCCGGUCGCCAACUUUUUCGAUGCAGAAAACGCCCGUGCCGUCUUUCGUACCUUUGACGCGUCCUCCCGCGGCUUCUUGACCUUGGAUCAAUACCAUGCUGCUAUGGGUAGCCUGCUGCUGCACAACUACAAUCGUGAGCCCAAGGGAUUUGUUGAGGGCCGCAUCCUUCCCAAUACCUUUGUAGAAGAGUGUGAGCUGGCGUGUCAGAACAUUCUGUGAAUGUUGCGCGUCAACUUCAAGUCCCGCUGUGUGGGCUCACAUGCGUCUCGAGCAGCUGAUGUCGGCGUUCCCGCUCUCGCCCUCGCCUGCUUGCGUCCAUGAUGUGAUGAUGUGCAGCGCUGCUUGCGACUCAUGUGUGUUUAGGGUAUCCCCUUUCUCUUGUCCCGUCCAUUUUGUGCAAAGUCUCUAUUGUUACAUCCGCAAUUCCAAACAACCUUU